GGCGGCAGGGAAUUCCAGCCGCCGUGGGAGGCUGCGCCCAGUCGGAAACCUCGAAUGCAGGGCAUCCUAAUACUCGUGCCCAGGCAGCCAUUACUAGGAGGGCCAACCAAGGCGCCGGAGUGGGUAAGGCAUCGGCAAAAGGGUCCGGCAAGGGGAAGGCCACUGCCAAAGGGACAAGUAGCAAUGCCUUUUCACAAGUGGUAGACAUUCCUAGUGUGUUUCAGGAACAGCAGCGCCAGCACAGCUCUACCGAGGAUAGUGCGGGUUCCGGCUUGGAAGAGGAGCACAGGGAGCCUCAAAUUGCUCAGCCAGUAACCAGCGCAAUCCCGGCCAACAUAGAGGUGCAGGGUGGAAAAAGGAAAUCAAAGAAGAAGCACACGUCUGCUAAGAAGAAGAGAAGCAAGCAGUCCGAGACGGAGGACGAUUCAG